UCUCUUCACUUUCAUACUCAUUCUCGUAAAUAUCAUCUUUUUUUCUUUGAUUAUCUUGUGUGCCAAGUUAAAACAAAUUAUUGAACUGAUAUAUAGUAAUUAACAUUGAUGGCUUAUAGAAUGAUCACUAGUUUUGUUUUCACAUUGAUUGUUCUAGGCACAAUAUGUGAUGCGCAGCUUUCUUCUACUUUCUACGACAGUACAUGCCCUAAUGCCUUAAGCACUAUUAGAACUUCGAUUCGUACUGCUGUCUCUAAGGAGUGUCGCAUGGCGGCAUCUGUCAUUCGCCUUCAUUUUCAUGACUGUUUUGUCCAAGGAUGUGAUGCAUCAAUUUUGUUGGAUGACAGUCCUACAAUCGAGAGCGAAAAGAAUGCACUUCCUAAUAUUAACUCAGUAAGAGGAUUUGAAAUCAUUGAUAAAGCAAAAUCUGAGGUUGAGAAAAUUUGUCCCGGAGUUGUGUCUUGCGCGGACAUACUAGCUGUGGCAGCACGUGAUGCAUCAUUUGCUGUGGGUGGUCCAUCAUGGACGGUAAAACUUGGACGGAGAGACUCUACCACAGCAAGCAAAAGUUUGGCCAAUACUGACCUUCCGUUAUUUACGGACGAUCUUACAACUCUUAUAUCUCAUUUUAAUAAAAAAAAUCUCACCCCCAGAGACAUGGUUACUCUAUCUGGUGCGCACACAAUCGGACAAGCUCAAUGCUUCACAUUUCGUGGCAGGAUAUACAACAAUGCUAGUGACAUUGAUGCUGGAUUUGCUAACACUCGUCAACGUGGUUGUCCGUCUUCCCGUACCACAUCAAACGAUCAAAAGUUGGCAGCCCUAGACUUGGUCACACCAAAUUCAUUUGACAACAACUACUUUAAAAAUUUAAUUCAGAAGAAGGGUCUUCUUCAAUCAGAUCAAGUUUUAUUCAGUGGAGGAUCUACAGAUUCUAUCGUUUCUGAAUACAGCAACAAUCCUACAACUUUUAAGUCUGACUUUGCAGCUGCUAUGAUAAAGAUGGGAGAUAUUGAACCCUUGACUGGGUCGGCUGGUAUCAUAAGAAGCAUCUGCAGUGCUGUCAACUAAUCAUACAAAUUCUUCCUUGAUCAUCAACAUCAAUCAAUUGUCGAAUAUAGUUAUCAAUAUGUAUAUUGUGUAUCGUUUUCAAUUUCUUUAUUAAAUUAAAUCUUUUGUAUAUAUUUUCGUUCUUGUGUGUACAAUUUUAUGGUUAUGUCAACAACAUUGCUUGAGGCUUGUGUUAUAAAAAAAAAAGGCAAGGUAUGAAUUAACUCAUAAAGAAUAUCAUUCUGGUUUGUUCAUCAACGUAGAUUGUUGUGUCAAAAGAAAAAAAAAACAAUAUAGAUUGCCUUCUAUUUUUCUUUUGAA